AUGUUCUUGCUUCUUCUUUCAUAUAUGGGAAUCGUAGUGGGAUUCUUCUUGCUCGUUCUAGCAAUUGCACUGGGGUUAUAUUAUCUUUCUGAAUUGGUUGAAGAACACACAGAGCCAACCAAAAGACUCCUCACGAGAGUCAUUUACGGAAUAAUGGUCAUGUUCGUCCUCUUGUGGCUUUUCGACUCAUUCCCUUUCUUCCUACUGCUUUUCCUGAUUUUCUCGUACUUCGUUUACUUGCAAAACCUAGCCAAGUUUCCAUAUGUGCAGUUGACUUCGCCCAUUUUCCUUGCCUCUUGUGUCUUAGUGAUUAUGAAUCACUUUUUGUGGUUCAGUCAUUUUCAGAAUCCACAUGUUCCUCUGUUCCAAGAGAGACUCAAGAAUGGAUACCAUGCUCCUCACGUUCCUCUGUUCGCAGAGGUGGUCUCGUUUUUCGGAAUAUGUGUCUGGCUAGUGCCCUUUGCUCUAUUUGUUUCUCUUAGUUCGCAUGAUCAUUUGCUCCCACAUCACGACGACACUUCUGGUUCCAGACAGAGAAAUACCGGUUUGGCAAAGGUCGUUGUGGAAGCUAUCAGAACCAGGGUGUACAAUUUGUCUCGCAAGCUUGGUUAUGAGUUGGAUUCCAGCUAUGGCUCUCUCGGAUAA